CCAGUUGUUUACUGAUCUCUUCGUUCACUUGAGAUAGGAUAGUCGUGGGCUUGGCGUCAACUGAGAGGUGUGGAUGAGAUGUGUAAUGGUGAAUGGAGGAAGGAGGAAUGUGGAAGCGUUCGGAUACGAACUGGAGUCGAAGGAUUGGCGAUCUGAUUGGCGAGCGCGGCGGAUUCGGAUCUUGAGGUAUGAGGUGGGUGGAGAGUGGCGGCCGUUGAAGUGCGGGUUGGUGGAUUAUGGGGGAGGGGAGGGCGAGAAGGGGAGACACCGGGGUUGCGAAGUCUGGAUCGGAUUGGGGGAGUUCUGGAAGCACUGGAGAUGGGGCUGGGGGUUGGGGGCAUUGGCGGGGACGGAGGAUGGCUGGUGUUUUGUCGCUCCUGUCCAGACAGGUCAUCAACAUGUAACGGAAAUUGUUGUCCAUCUUCUUCAGUAUAUGCUAUAUAACCAUUCCCCGACACCGUCGUCACCCAACCCGCCGACCUUCAUGGCAUUAACCGAUGUUGUUGUUGUUGCUGCCAUUUUCUCCGUGCAGGUCAUGCGAAUCCCAAUUGCAGAUGAGUUGCUGCUUGAUGUCCUCGUGGCGUUCUGUCGACACUCACCAGGAGCAGCUGAGGCAGUUAUGCGCUGCCCAAGGUUGAUGGAGACUGUGAGGCAAAGGUUUAUCAUGGACGAUCAGGGAUGGUGCUGCACACCUAUCCCCUCGACAGUCAUAAAGUCAAUAAAACUGCUGAAGGUUCUUUGUGUGGCAGGGCGAGACCAUGUUGUUGUCUUGCGAAACAGUGGGUUGCUGGAAAGCUGCAAGCGGCACUUGCUGCUGACAGGGAAGGGUGAAUCCUUGGUGGAGAAGAGGAGCAGCAGUUCACGGGAGAGAGAUCUGGCGAAGCUAGAACAGGAAAGACGUAUGGCAGCUCGAUCAGAGAGCUUCAGGCUGUGGCGCGCUUGCGUGAAGUAUGGGCUCGAUGUUUCCGUGUUCGCGGAUUAUUAUGCUGCAGGGCUCUGCUGGUGUCUUGUUCCUCCUUGUCUACUUCGAGAUGCAGACGCGCAAGUAGAAGACGGGGAGAAGAAGGGGCACGAGCAUGGCGUUGAGGCUUGGGUUGAUGGCCGGGAGGCAUUUCUUUUACUAGAGGGGUUGGCAACGACACUAGCGCCCCUGGAAAGAAAAAUCCAGAAGUCUAGACAGUCCAGCAUUGCUGUCUCAAGGGACAAGUAUGAGGAAUGUAAUCCAGAGGUAGUUCGGUGGCCAUGGAGCGUAGCGCUCCCGUUUGUGCAAACGGCAUGUGAAUGGCUGCAGCCGCAAAUCUUGGCGGAAGCGUUUCGGAGCGCGAGUGGCGGCCCUGGGGACGAGAUACCUUGUCAACGACAGAUAAAAUGUCACACUUUUUCUGCUGCCAAACUGAGUGCGAUUUCUGCAGUGCUUCAUUUCCUUGCAACGGUCGUUGAGAGAGGAUCUGUCGUCCACAAUGAUGGGGUUCCGGAGGAAGAUUGUGUGAAAGAACAGGUCAUGACUGCACACAAUUGGUUGCCGUUUGCAGUCGUCGAAAAAGUACGCAAAUCUCUUGUAGAGGGAGGACUAAUCAGAGGGGAGGGUUUUGUUUCCACCGAGACGGAGGACAAGCUCUGGAUUGCUCCACGGCUCUUGGCCGUAGCUGAGAGGGGAGAAUCAGACUUGGCUAGUGCAGUGGCCGCCACAUCUUGUUUGCGUGCUAUCGUAAGGCUUACGGCUGUCAUCACCAAUGCCAUGGGUGCGCAGGGAGUGGGCAUGGAGGUGCUUCGUUCCAAUCACAGUUUGCUCAACAGAUUGUUGGAAACAAGAGGUUUAAGGAAGGUGACGGUAGAGGAGAGCCACAGUGGUGGCUUUUUGUGGGGACAGCAGAGUGGGGUGAACAGCAACACCAGGGGGGGUACGGCCCCGGGUGUAGGUUUCGGAUGGUUCAUCAAAGGUGGUGGACGACUCUGGACCGAGGGUGGGGUGCUGUGGCAGGAACGCGCUCGCCUUCUCGGUGAACUUCUGGUAGCAGUUGAGCCUUCAGAUUUGUUGAGGAGCCGGUGCACUAAGCCGCCUUCUAGCGAGCUCAAGGUCGGCUGCGAGCUGUUGGACGCUGCGCUUGGAGUUUUGGAUCUCAUGGACCCCAGGGAUAGAGUGCUUGUGCGACAAGUUGUCGCGCACGUCAUUCUUUCAGAAGAAUGUUGCAGGCUGUCGACGGAUCAGACCAGGGACUAUCUUGGCUGGCCGCCCAGCGCUACUAACGUGAGCGCAGGGAUGGAGGUCGGAAUUACUGCGGUAAUCCGCAAAGCAAUGAUCAGACACUACAUGAGGGAAUGGCUGUCUUUGAGGAGAAAGCAUAAUAAAGGCGAGGAAACUGGACAGCAAAAGCGGGGGAAUGCUGCUGCUUUGAACUCUGCCAGCAGAAGAGGAAGCAUGCGGCUUGAGAGUAUCAGGGAGAACUCUGAGGAGCAGGCAGACAGCCCCGAGCAGCCGAUGAAUGAAUAUGAAUUGCGGGAAGAUGCAGAGGCAGCUGAUGGGCCAAGCAGAAAGAGGCUGAUGCAUGAGUGGAUUAACCAGAGAUUGCCUCUUCCAUCGCAUUGGAUGCUUAGUCCGAUGGCGAUUGGAGCAGGUCUCAUGGAGCUAGGGGCAAAGGAUGUAAAGAAGAUGGAGGAAGAUGGCGGAUUUGCAUCCAUAGCCAAGAAUUGGGAGGAGAUAAAAUUCGCAGUGAAAGGCUGUCUGGUCAUGAUAACGGCGUUCGAGCGGCUUGUCCUUCGUUACACCAAACAGAUUCCUUUCGCGAGAAAAGUGCAUGCUUUGUCAGAGGCGUUCCUGAUGGGACCAGACUUCUUCGCUGACGGUGAUGUCAGGGCACUGCUGAAAGCAUUGCAGGAUUUGAUAUUUGCUGCCAAUCGUAAGAAGGACGAAAGAGAGCAGGGCGACUACGAUGUGGACUUUGCUGGGCAGGUGGAUGCUGCGUACGAGCCGUUCAUCGAAUCUCUUGCAGAACAUUUCUCGGAGACAUCCUUUGGGGACGAGGUCUUUGCGCGACAGAUUAGCAUCUUGUUCCAACAAAAGGUUGCGCACAGGCUUCGCUUGACUCUUUGGUCUGUUCUGGCUGAUGCGCAAGGACUGGCUCUUCUUCCACCUUUGGAGCUAUGCUGUGGGCCUCCGGACGCCUAUCUUUACCCCUCAGAGAUAGUCAUGUUCCAAGCGGAGAGCACAAUGCAAUGAGAUACCACCCAAGUAAGUGCACUACAGUGAACCAAAUGCCAAUGUCGACACUCUCUGCCCACAGCAACAUAGUAUCCAAUGUCGCUCCUCUCUGAUUGGCGCUCGGCGCCCAUCCUACACUUCUCAGCCUAUAAUGGACAACUCAAUCAAUCAAUCAAUCAAUCACUCCAUCAAUCAAUCAAUCUGCAUUAACCUA